AUGAAAAAAUUUACCCCAGAAACACCCCAAUUAAAUCCAAGUUCUUCACUUUGCAUUCCAGAUAUUCCAAACUCAACUCCAACUUAUAUUUGGUCACCAAGUAAUCCAAAAGUUGGAAAUACCAAUGGUUCAGGUAAUUUAGUAGCAAUUGUUCAAGAACCAGACCAAAUUGUUUUUUCAUCAUCUCAAGUAGGGAUCGAAGUUGGUAAAAAAUUAGUACUCUCAACUAAAUUAUUAUCAAAGCAUUUACCAAAAGGAGUUCAUUUCGAAUCUUGCUCAAUUAAUAAUUUAGAAUGGAAGGUUAAAGAUGAUUCCAUUUUCAAAAUUUUACCACAUGAAAAGGUUGACCAACAAAAGAUAUCAAGUGACAUAUGUUCAUCUCGUGAAUUUUUGGCUCUAAAAGAAGGCUCAACUGUUAUUUCAGUUCAAUACAAUGGAAUGAGAGAAGAAAUUCGUAUUUUUGCUUCUCCACCAGCUGAUCAAAUAGAAUUUUUAUUAAGUUUAGGUUCAUCGGCCGAGGUUUCUUUCUGUGGUGGUAAAGAGACAUGGCAUUUACAACCAAAGAUUUAUUCCAAAUUUAUUUCAUCAGAUAAUAAAGAACAAAACUCACUCUCAAUCACUCCAGGUGAUAAUAAUUCAUUCAAAGUCACUUGUCAAAAACAAUCAAAUGAUCCACAAAAUGUUAUUGUGACUAUUAGAAACAAAAAGAGUAUUAGCAGCCCAUUACCAGAAGCCCAUUCAAUUAAAAUUCCAUUCUUUUGCCGUCAACCAUCAUAUGUUCAUAUUCAAUUUAUAAAAUUACCAACUGAAGAAGAAGGUAAACAAAAAUCACGUGAAAUCAGUCGUUUAAAUAUUCAUAAUAAUAGUGAUUUACCAUUUAUUGCUAUGAAUUCUAUUGCUAAAUAUGAAAAAGGUAGUACCAAUUAUCCAAUUAUAGUUGCAGAUUCCAUCUUUAUUGCCGCCUUUGCUAUCGGUUUUUUUGUAUAUAAAAAACAUAUGUUUAUUUAUAUAUCAAAUUUAUCACAAAUAUCAACCUCUUUAUUAGAAUCAUUCCGAUCUCCAUUUCCAUACUCUUCUUUAGCAUCACCAAAUAGUUCACUAUUUAAUUAUAUAUCAAAUCCAAAUUUAUCACAAAUAUCAACCUCUUUAUUAGAAUCAUUCCGAUCUCCAUUUCCAUACUCUUCUUUAGUAUCACCAAAUAGUUCACCAUUUAUUAUUUAUCAACAAAAAAAUUUAAAAAAAAAAAAAAAUUUAAAAAACCAAAAGAAAAAUAAAAUAAAGAACAAAACUCACUCUAAUUAUAUUUGA